CUAGAUUUGCUUCAGUGUUUCUUAGACCGUAUGUCAUAUUUCCGUGAAUCAUUACCGACGAAAUAAUAACUUUUUAUUCUUGAUAAAGGAUUAUAUAAAAACAAAAAAAAUCACAAAAUACUUGGAAGACUCAAUUUUAAAACUUUUAUUGGAGACUGAGUAACUUAUAAACUUUUGUCAAUUCGAUAUUUAGGCAUGUGACAAGACAACGUCGUAAAAAGCAACCCCCACAGAGGAGUUGGGAAUAGUUUAUAAGUUAUGUGCUGAGGUAGUUACAUUCUAAUCAUCGUAUAAGUUGUUCCGGUGGGUCGAUAAACCAGGAUGCGAACAGUGGCUUGAUUCAGUCUAAACGUUAACUGUUGUCGCUGGAGUAAUCUUCAUUUGGUGUCGUUGCGCAUAUCAAAUACUGUUAUAAACCACGAACAGGCAUAACAGCAUUCUUUUCCGAUGCAUAUCAUUUUUCAAUAUGGCUUCUAGAUCUACUUAAAAUUUGACUAAAACGAUUUUAAUUCAAGUAGCUGUUGAUUCGUGUAACUGCCAUGGAGAAUUCCACAUUGAAUACCUCGAAAGCCAACGUGAAUUACUCGUGUUGGAAUCUCCCACCCGAAUACUGCGGCACCAGAGAUGGUUUCAUUGAAAAGAUCCGAGAGUUUAUGUUCCCGUCCCCGGAAGAAUGGAUCGUGAUUAUUCUUCACGUUGUGGUCUUCUUUAUUGGAACAAUUGGAAACUUUUUGGUGUGUUUUGUCGUGUGGAGAAGCAAGCACAUGCAGACGGUGACCAACUUGUUCAUAGUUAAUUUAGCCGUAGCUGAUUUUUUGGUUGUUAUGUUCUGUCAACCGCCGACCGUUCUACAGGAAAUUACCGAAAACUGGUUCUUUGGUGAAAUGAUGUGUAAAGUAGCCAUAUUUUUUCAGACGAUGUCCGUAUCCUGUUCAGUCCUGACCCUGUGUGCAAUCAGUGUGGAACGCUACUACGCCAUAUGUCACCCUCUCAAGUCCAGAAUAUCAUUUAGGAAAGUUAUAGUCACCAUCGUGUCAAUAUGGAUAAUCGCUGCCUUGGUUUCCCUGCCCAAUUUACUGUACAUGUUCCUAGAGCGAACGUAUCAGGAUAUACCGGAAUAUUUGACGUAUUGCCAGAUGAGCUGGUCAAGUGAAACUGAUCUUAUAUAUAAAGCUUUUCUUGUGAUAGGACUAUAUCUUAUACCUAUAUUAGUCAUCGGCAUCUUUUAUUCUAUCAUAUCCAGACAUCUGUGGGUGUUAGCUAUCCCAGGAGCCUCAGUUCCAGUUUCAAAAUGUAAAAAACAUUUCAAUCAUGCCGAGACGCAGUUGAUAUCACGACGUAAAGUAGCCAAGAUGCUGAUUGCCAUUGUAGUACUAUUCGCUGUCUGUUAUUUACCUGUUCAUACCCUAUUUCUCUUCAGGUCAACUGGAUGGCUGAGUCUAAUGGGCAACAACUCUCCUAUAAUACCCAUGAUGUACCUAAUAGCUCACUGGCUGUGUUAUUUCAACAGUGCUAUUAAUCCCGUUAUCUAUAAUUUCAUGAGUAUGAAGUUCCGAGCAGAGUUCAAAUGUGUCUUUUCCUGCAAGUCAGCCAGUCGUUCGCGAUAUUAUACUGGCGGUACGUUUGUUACUAGUAAAUACCACGGCGUUACCGCGGAGAUGGAAGAAACUAUAAAUAACCAAUCAUUAGACCAGAUGGACAGUGUUUGAAUUACGCCAUGAACAGUGCUUGCAUUACGUCAUUGACUCUAUAGCUUGAAUUACGUCAUUGACACUAUAGCUGAUCGCUGUGCUGGGAUAUAUGUGUAGAUAACAGAAUUUGCUAAAGGAAUUGCGCCAUUUGGACAUUAUCUUUAAAAUGAACUCGCAAUUACGAUAUUUUUUGUCGUGUUUGACUUAAGAUGAUCUUAUGUAAAGGUAAACGUGGAAUUAAAUUUGCCUGGCCUGUUGAAUAUAAUGGACUUCAUUCAUUAUAAAUUGGUAAUGUGAUGUGAAACCCGCGAUAGUUGCAUCACAGACCUAGUUUUAAACUGAUAUUGUGAUUUGAAACCCGUCAUAUCUGCAACACAGGCCUAGGUUUUAACUGAUACUAUAAUUUGAAACCCGUCAUAGCUGUAAAAUAGGUCUAGUUUUAUUCUGAUGCUCAUCAAUAGAAGCCGACUAGUGUAGAUUUUUGGAUUUAAAACACGAUUUUAAAUUAAUUUUCCCAUUUGCAUGUAUUAUUAUUACUAAUAUUAUAAUUUCAUUUUUAAAGCGCUACAUUAAUUAUAACAAUUGUUAUGUCUAAGCGUAGUACAGCCAUAUUUACACAAUGUUACACGUAUAAUUCUAUUUAUAUGAUUCUCUAAACAGACGAGUCUUUAGUUCAGAUUUAAACAGAGGUAGUUGAGUACACUCUCUGAUGUCUCUGGGUAAUUCAUUCCAAAGUUUGGCACCCCUUAUGGAAAAUGAAAACUCGCCUACCUGGCGCUGAAAGUGAGGGACGAAGAUUAGUGUAAACAUUAAACAUUUCCACCAUAUAAUUAGGGGCCGUUUUGGUUAUUACUGUUUUAUAGGUGUUGACCCGAACCUUGUAGUUUUAUCCCGGCUCUUACUGGAGACAGACCUUAUUUGGAAAGGCAUGCGACUUAUCGUGUUGUUUAUUUUGCGGUACAACAAACAUCUAUGUACAUGUAUGUAUAUAAUUUGUAAUUUCUAGUAAAUUAUUUUUGUGUGUAAAUAUUUCAAGCUAGAAAUCUGACAUUUUCGUGGAAACGUUUUUAGAAUAUUUUUGUGUACGCCUGAAAUGGGGUUUAACGUCCACUCGACACAAACUAGGUUAUUGCGGGACAAAUACAUGGUUCAAUUUUAUUUCAAUAAUUCGCUUGCGCGUUUGGGGUCUUUAGCAGUGGCAGGAAACCGGAGGACCCGGAGAAAAUCCACGAGGUUGGACAGGCGACUCUACUCCUUGUCACGUACAACCGGGGAAUCGAAACCACACUUGCUGACUCAAUGAUAGACCUUAUGAUUUAACGCGUACGUGCUAACCAUUCUCCUACCCAAACCCCCCAGAUACGACGAAGCUAUUACACUAUGUUUAUAAUAUGACUGUAAGAUAGCCUAUAGACGUUUUAUUUUUCUGUUGUUUAUGGUUAUAUGUGACCCACUCCCACAAAACCAGUCGCACAACUUCAUUUUGUACUACGGGCAGAAAAGCAUAAACUGUAUGCCUUCUUGUUGCUGUGAAUGAGCCAAACUCAACUCCAGAUGAUACGACAAAUUUAAAAAGAAUUGCAUAUUUGGAAAUCUUAGGCUGUCGACUAUUCAAAUAUGCUGCCAGCUCUAUUUUUAUAAAAAUGACCAAGAGCCCGGUUUUGUGGGAGCACCUCACAUAUUCUGUCUAUUUAUGAAUUAAUAAAAGAGAUGAUGUCUUUAUAUUUAUUGUUAACCAUGAUAUAUAUAUAUAUAUAUAU